GCGCUAGAGCGCUGAUGUCAGGUGAAGGUGGCCCCGCCCUCCCUCUAGAACGUUAACACUUCCGUUUCCGUGAGGGAAGGAAUCGUAACAUCAACAUUUCCAAACAGAUUCAGUUAGUACCUGUUAACAUUUAAAUUGGAGCUAGAAGAUGUCAGGGCAGAAGCGACCUGCUGACCCCAGCGGGCCCUCUUCCUCCGGUGCCCCCCCGGAGAAGCGGAGGGAGCGGGAUGGAGAGGACGGAGGUCCCGGUGUGAGCGCCGGAGCCGGAGGGAGCACCGCGGUGGAGACGGUCAUCAAACUGGGAGGAGUGUCCAACUCUGAGGAACAAGACAUUAAAGCUCUCCAAGCUAAGAAUCGAAAGUUGGGAGAAUCUCUCGAUCAAAGACAGGUGAUUGAGGACGAGCUGCGAGAGCGAAUUGAGAGACUGGAGACUCGGCAGGCCACAGAUGAUGCCAGUUUGCUGAUUCUCAACAGAUAUUGGAACCAGUUUGAUGAGAACAUCCGACUCCUCAUCAGGCGCUAUGACCAAACAAGCAGCGAACCGGAGAAGUCUCCAACAGGCGAGGGACGGAGCCUGAAGCCGGAAACUCCAGAACCUGAUGGAGAUUCAAACCAGGAGCGGGCCAAAGACAGAGGGCAUCAAGGAGAGACGUCUAACUCCUUUUUGGCGACGCUGGCAAGCAGCACCAGUGAGGAAAUGGAGGCUGAGCUCCAGGAGAGGGUGGAGUCGAGCCAGAAGCAGGCCAGUCGUUUGGUGGAGAUCUACAAGAACCUGAAGAGCACCUUGGACCAACUGAAAACAGAGCUCGACUCUGGGGGCGACAGUGGUCUGAAGCAAGUCGCAAUCAAGCUGAACUCCCUCCUGAGCAGGGAGAACGAGCUGCUUCAGCAGCUGACCGAGAACCUGAAACAGAAACACAGUCACAUGACCAGCGAGUCUCGGUCUUUGGGUCGUGCAGCUAACAAGGCGGACCAGCGCGUCAGCGAGCUGCAGGCUCGGAUUGAAGAGCUCCAGUGGGACAUGGAGAAGAUCCGGCGUCGAGAGAACAGGCUGAAUGCCCACCUGAGCGAAAUACUGGAGAGGGUUAACAGCAAAGGCUACAAAGUGUGUGGUGAGGCCAGCAGCGUGUGUGGAACAAUCACUAUUAACAAAAGAAAGUUUGAGGAGAUGAACAGUGAGUUGGAGGAGAACACAGAGCUUGCAGAAAAUCGCCUCGUUGAGCUGCAGAAGCUCCAGCAGGACCUGCAAAACGUCCAGCAGGAGAACAACAGCAUGAAGACGGAGCUGCUGAGUCGAGCUGAAGGUUUGGUCAAAGAGUCCUCAGAGUACCGCUGUCUGCAGUCUCAGUUCUCUGUGCUCUACAACGAGUCCCUGACCCUCAAGGCCCAGUUAGACGAAACCCGGGCUCGCCUCAACACUACCAGGACGGCGCGCCUUCGACAGCUGGAGCACAUGGAGAAUGAUGAGGUGGCCCUGCAGAGGAAGGUCCGUACUGAAGUGUUUCAGCUGGAAGACACGUUGGCUCAGGUCAAGAAGGAGUACGAGAUGCUGCGCAUCGAAUUUGAACAGACUCUAGCAGCCAAUGAGCAAGCAGGUCCCAUCAACAGGGAGAUGCGUCACCUUAUAAGCACGCUGCAAACACACAACCAGCAGCUGAAAGGAGAGGUGGUGAAGUACAAGUUGAGACUGAGAGAGACGCAAGCUGAGCUCCACCAGAUCCGCGCCUCAAAGGGCAGCGCCAUCCUCCAGUCGCAGUCGAGCACAGAGAUGGACGUGAAGGACGAGAUGACCUCUCCUCCGACCCCGGCUGUUUCUGGAGAACCAGUGGUCAAAACAGAGCCAGAUAACGGCUCGUCCACACCCAGCAGCACUGGAAUUUCACUGAAAACAGAGCCCGGCAUUGAACCGGAUGCAAACAUAAAGGAAGAAGAAAAAGAUGAGAAAAAAGAGAAGGAGGAAAAGAAAGAAAAAGACACCAUAAAGAAAGAGGAGAAGGACAGAGAGAGAGAAAAGGAGAAGGAGAGAGAGCGGCCGACCCGGAGCAGCAGCAGCAGCAGCAGCAGUGGGGUGAAGGAGGAAAGGGAGAAGCCGGGCGUCAGCAGCCAGCUGGAGGAGACGGGCGGAGAUCGGCUCGCUGUGAUCGGAGGAUCCAAGAGGAAAGAGAUGGAGCAGCUGAAGAUCGUCCGGGCAGAACUAAAGAAAGCCCAGGAGUCCCAGAGAGAGAUGAAGCUGCUGUUGGACAUGUAUCGAUCGGCACCGAAGGAGCAGAGAGACAAAGUCCAGCUCAUGGCUGCAGAGAAAAAGACCAAAUCAGAGGCAGAGGAGCUUCGGCAGAGGCUGCGGGAGCUGGAGGAGAGGGAGAGAAGAGAGGGCAAGAAAAUGGCGGACGAAGAAGCUCUGAGAAAAAUCCGUUCAGUAGAAGAACAGAUAGACAUCCUCAACAAGAAGCUGUCCAUCGCCAAACAGGAGGAAGACGCGCUGCUGAGCGAGAUGGACGUGACGGGCCAGGCCUUCGAGGACAUGCAGGAACAAAAUAUCCGCCUCAUGCAGCAGCUCCGAGAGAAAGACGACGCCAACUUCAAGCUGAUGAGCGAGCGGAUCAAGUCCAACCAGAUCCACAAGCUUCUGAAGGAGGAAAAGGAAGAGCUUGCCGACCAACUCCUCACCUUAAAAACUCAGGUGGAUGCACAGCUGCAGGUGGUCAGGAAGCUGGAGGAGAAGGAGCGCCUCCUGCAGGGCACAAUUAGUACUGCGGAGAGGGAGCUGACGCUUCGAACGCAAGCUUUGGACAUGAACAAACGAAAGGCUCAGGAGUCUGCGCUGCUGUCAGAGGAGCUGCGAGCGCAGCUGGAGCAGGUUCAGCAGAAGCUGAAGCUGGUCAGAGAGGAGGUGGUCGAGAACAGCAUCUCCAGAGAGAAAGAGUCCUUCAACGCCCGGCGGGCGCAGGAGGACAUCUCCAAGCUAAGGAGAAAGAUUGAAAAAGCCAAGAAACCAGCUGAGAAGAUCAGCAACGGAGACGAAAUCCUGAACGAAGAAAUUAAUGAGUACAAGGCUCGUCUAACUUGCCCGUGCUGCAACUCCCGGGUGAAGGACGCCGUCCUGACAAAAUGCUUCCACGUCUUCUGCUUCGAGUGCGUCAAGACGCGCUACGACACUCGGCAGAGGAAGUGCCCCAAGUGCAACGCCGCCUUCGGGGCGAAUGACUUCCAUCGCAUUUACAUCGGCUAAAUCCGCCAACUCUGCCCUCCUCCAGUCGGGAUGAAUAGGAGCCGAUGCCUGAAGCAAGAGUCAGCACUGCAAUCAUGUGGUCCAUCCUUUCACAGGGUAUUAAGUGCAGCCACAGGAUGAUUUCAGUGACGCUCCAAGUGGAAGACUUUAUUGAAAGGUUUUAUUCCCCCACAAUGACUGAAACAUUCCCAUCCAAUAUCCACUACUACGCUGAUGUUCUCUGGUGCAGAAAGAAUGGUUUUUAUACUGAGUGUUGUAUGUUUGUCUGCUUGCUUUUAAAAACGGCAUGUGAAAGCAGUGGAUGAAAAACUGCAGUGAAAAAAAAAGAACAUUUCUCUUAGUGUUGUUUAUAUGAAGUAUCUCUGCUUAUUGUACAUUUCUUCUUUUUUUUUAAUUAGAAAUGAUCAUUUUCUUGCCUCUGAAUUCUUUAACAUUUCCCCGUGUUGCUGUGGUGUAUUUUGAUGUUCAGCUAGUUAUUAAACUGAUAUCAAAUGUG